AUGGGGUACGCUAUCGGUAACACUGAGCACCAUGCAACAGGUUGGUUGGCAACACUGGCAGAGCAAACUCGGCAACCUUAUAAUGAGAGUCCAUGCUCUGGGCCAACACUCCAGACCAAGUACAUCACCGCUCUCUACUUCACCUUCUCAAGUCUCACCUCAAUCGGUUUCGGAAAUGUCUCCCCUAAUACGAAUGCGGAGAAAAUUUUCUCCAUUGUUGUCAUGCUUGUAGGAUCUCUUAUGUACGCGAGUAUAUUUGGCAAUGUGAGUGCAAUCAUUCAACGGCUCUACAGUGGAACGGCUCGCUACCACGCACAGAUGCUUCGAGUGAAGGAGUUCAUUCGAUUUCAUCAGAUUCCAGGAACAUUGCGACAGCGCCUUGAGGACUACUUCAUCCACGCCUGGGCCUAUACUUACGGCAUUGAUAUGAGUGUUGUUCAGCGUUCCUUUCCGGAGUGUCUCCAAUCGGAUAUUUGUAUGCAUGUCUACACAUCUAUGCUCAAAUCAACUCGUGCAUUUGAAGGUCUUACGGAUGGUUGCCUUCGAACAUUCGCUUUACGAAUUCGUACAGUGCAUCUUCCACCAGGCGACACUAUAAUACAUCCAGGUGGUCUUCUUACUACUCUCUAUUUUGUGGAGCAGGGUAGUUUGGAGGUACUUGAUCCCUUUGACGGUGCUAUCCUGGCUGUUCUUUCCAAGGGGGACUUUUUUGGGGGCCUUCCUUCACUGCAUCAUCCUCCAUUGCUCAAAAAUCCGGGAAGUCGUGUUUUGCCACAUGGGCUGGCUUCAAGGGGCCGGAUUGUUGCCAAGUCGAGAUUCAUUGUUCGGGCUCUUACCUAUUGUGAUUUGCACUACGUGGAGAGAGAUGAGUUCACGACUCUACUGUUGAGCUACCCUGAGUUCGCGGAAAAUUUGGUAUCACAUUUUGAACUCACUGUGCCCUUGGCGGGCAAUGGUCGAUAUUUCACUGAGGCAAAUUGUAAGUGGAGUUUGAAUCUACUCUGUAUUCCUGUUGUUGUUGCUGCUGCUGCUGUUUCCACCGUCUUCAAUAAUAAAUGUGGUGACGGUGUAGUUGUUGUGGCUUGCAUUAAUCACGACGGUACGCGUGAUUUAGUUUUGUCUAAUUUUCGUUAUAUCUAA